UGGUUGAAAUGUUUCAACCAAGCGACUUCACAUCCUGUUUAAACAGCAAACGGUGUCACUUAUCAAUGUGUUAAGACCAACCCAUGUAGAAGUCUUUACCUAGAAGAAGAAAGAAGAUUUAAAGGUUUUCUUUUCACGGUAAAACUCCCUCGGUUGAGUCAAAUCCAACGUCUAACAAUGGACUACAGACCUCAAGGUGCCAGACUGGUUGCAGCGACCGUUGUGAUGAACAUGAUUUGGUGGAUGGUGAUGAUCGCAGCCAUUGGACUGGGUGCCACACACAUGCAUCGCUGUACCGUGCAGCCCAACAUUCCCAUUUACCUGGUGGUACUGGGAGCGAGCAGCCUCCUGUCUCUGGUUUUCACCUACUGCACCAGCGGCUUCCAGGAUGGAGCCCUUCACGUCCUGAGCUUGGCCUGCAUGACCUUCCUGCACAUCUUCAGCUUCGCCUGGUUGAUAGCAGGUUCCUCGUGGGUUUAUGCAGUUUACCCUCCAAAUUACUCUGAUAAAGGUCUAUACUGCCACAAGACAACCUACCAGUUCGCCUUUGUUGUGACGACGCUGCUGUGGGUCGCCAUGGCCCUGGUGUUCAUUUGCGGCUGCUGCAUAUCUCUGCUCACCUGCUGCACCACCGUAUUUGCAGGACGCCACUUGCUGCCAGACCGCAAAAGCUUCUAUGGAGCAACCAGUUUUCACGAGCCAGCAGCCGGGGAUGUGUGACUUAAAUCAGGGUCCAGGUCUUAAAGUGAUUGAGGAGGUUAUUCUUGCACUGCUGGUAGUGUAGAUUUCUGUCUUUUUGCUGACAGUUUCUUGCUUUUUUUUGACAUUAUUAAAGCUUGUAUACUAGAUAGAAAAAUGUUUCAUUGCUGUAGCCAGAAAUUCCACCCUACAUGCCUUAUUCCUGCUUGUUUCUCUUAAAAACAUGUUUUUGCAAUAAGCUAAUUUGUGUUUUAUAGCUUAAACCCUCAACAUCAACUCAGUAUCUGUUGUUCGCUGCAGGCUGUGGUACAACUCAUCAGAUAUCAAAUCUCCUUCACAUUACAGAUUCACACCUACAAAAACUCAACAUUUUUAAGUCAAAAUAUGAUGAGACACCAGAUAUUUAAAAUGCGAGAUGUUAAAAAAAAAUCUGUUAUUCUGCUGAGGCUGACCUGAUUACAAAUUGGUGACUUUUUGCAACAUGCUUUGUCAUUGUUUUCUUAUUUCUAAUGUGGCCCAUUUUAACCCCGCUACAAUUUUCAACCAAUAUGACUGGAAAAUUAUUCUGCAGUACUCAAUCAUCAUUGUAAUUAUUAUUUUUUUGGUUGUAUGUGUUUGAAAUCUUUGUAUAUCAUACUGUCCUUGACAAGAUUCUUUAACGCACUUACAGUUUUGAUUUUAUAAUCUUUUCAAGUGGUGUAAAAAAUAUUCUUUAAUACCACUAACAUUGUGUGCAAGUGCACCAAACAUUAAAAAUAUGACUAUAAGCAUGGCUAUAAAUGGGA